UGUGAAACUGCGACGAACCAUCCGGGCGUGCGCGUCACUUCGCUUCGCUUCGCUUCGCUGCUUGGCAACGGCGGUUUCGCGGAAGCGUCGUUCGGCUUUUCAGCGGGUUCGGCUGUUCGCUGUCGGUCGUCGAACAUGACGGAGGACGGAGCGGCCGCCGAGGUGGUCUUGGUAACGUCCGGAGAUGAGAAGCACCCGCCGGAGAACAUAACGGACAGAAAGAUGGAGACCUUCUGGAUGUCCACGGGCAUGUUUCCACAGGAGUUCAUCAUCCGUCUGAGCAGCGCCGUCAAGAUCUCCCUCAUAACUGUGCACAGCUACAACGUGAGGGAUCUUAAAAUCGAGAAAACCACUUCAAACGACAUCACAGAGUUUGAGCCUCUCGCAGAAAAGGAAUUUGAAUGUACAGAAGGCCAUCUUCAAACAAAUGAUUUUUCUGUAAGUAAAGCACUUUUAGACCUAGGUGAUUUAUGCUAUUUGUGUAGAUACUGCGAUAAUUGUAUUAAAUUUCUUUUGCAGUUCAAUGCCACGACCGCAACACGCUUGCGGUUCAUCAUUACAUCAGGAUACGAUCAUUUUAUUUCAGUGCACAACGUGACUGUUGAUGGAAAGUAUGAAUAAUGUUCGUUUUUUUAAUGGGCAAUUAACCAUUUUUAAU